AUGUCUCACAUGUUCUUCAUGUGUCCCACGUGUGUCUCAUGCAGCCAUCUGCUGGCUCAGCAGGGGCUGCAGCAGCUGAUGCAAGGAACAAGCUGGUGGAACGAGGAGAGAAGAUCAGUAAACUGAACGACAUGGCGGAUGAGCUGGAGGCAGAUACAGCUGAGUUCAGUGACUUGGCAGCACAGCUCAAAAAGAAGAUGGAGAAGAGGUGGUGGUGA